AUGCAGCAGUUCAUCAGAUUUAGUUCUGAUCAGCUCGGUCUGGAGCGUAUUUUACGCCUGUUCCAAUCAAUCACCCAGAUCCUACUCGGCGUGCCUCUCCUAGCCAUCACCGCCACGGACUGGAUCAACAGUCUGCCCUCCACGGUAGAAUUCUUCUCAUCCCUGGCCGCCAGCGAAAAGCCCAUCGUCGCAGCAGGACCCCUCAAGGUCGCCGACACGCUCCUGCUGCUCGGCGACCUCAAGGGCAAACUAGCCCUGGCCAGGCGCACCGUCCGCCUCUUUUGGUUCCUCGGCUCCUUCCAAGCCGCCCAGCAACUCUACUCAAACGGCGGCGGCCUGGACGUCUGGCUCGAUGUUGCCUCGCGCUCUUUCAACGGCAUGUACUUGAUCCUCGAGACGGUCACGAUGCCGGACGUGGUCGGCACGCCGCACCUGCGACUGUUCGGCCCGGCUCUGUCCGCCACGCUCAACCUCGAGGCCCAGCGCUUCUGGCUGCUUGCUCUGAUCUGUGCUUCCGCGUCCAGCUGUCUGAAGCUGCUGGCUACGUAUGGUCAGGCGGCUGUGCCAGAGACAGGGGACGGGUUCGGCGCCAAGGUUGGGGAGAAGAAGAAGAAGGGCGGUGCUGCUGAGGACAAGGCCAAGAAGGAGGCGGCGGGAGUUGCGCUGGCCAAGCAGAGGAGUGCGAAGCGGCGUGCGUUGUUGAGGAAGCUGACCGCGGAUAUCUUGGAUAUGGCUGCGCCCGGGGUUGUGGUUGGUUGGAUGGAUGUCGAUGCUGGCAUGGUCGGGAUGGCUAUGUUUGUGACUACGCUGCUGACUGGAUAUGAUGUUUGGAAGAAGUUUGCUUAA